GAUAAUAAGAAUAAAUUUCUAGACGUAACAACGAUCAAUCCAGUUAAAAAAAGGACUUGAAAUACUUGAAAAUUCAGUUAAAUUUUGAAUAAUAAUAAUAACAAUAAUAAUAAAUAGAGAAAAUGGAGGAAAUUCAAACUCUUAAUAGUGAUUCAUUGGAUAUAGAUAUUGCAAAUGAAAAUAGGGAAUUAAUUGAUAGAAUAAAUAAGACGAGUAGAAAAUUAACCUAUCUCCUAAGGCACGGAGCGGUCAAAGAGGGUUUAGUAAUUUACGGUGAUGGCUAUGUACGCUUAGAAGAUAUAAUGUCAUUAUCCCUUAUGAAAUUAACCAGUUGGGAAGAUGUAAAACACACAAUUAAAGAGUCGACAUCGUUCAGCGGACAUAGAAGAUUUGAGGAAAAGAUUGAAAAUGAUGAAAUGUUUGUGAGAGCAUCCUACGGACGAUAUUUUGAGAGAAGUCCAUUUCACGAGGGAACAAAAGUUAUCCGACUUUUGGAGAGAUGCCUAGACUAUCUUCUUGUAAAUGUGCAACAAUACGAUUUUGAGAAUUUUCCAGAUGAAUAUCUAAUUAACGAAUUAAUCCGACGCCGUAAACUAAAAAGACGCCUAAACAAUAAAGAUCUAUCUAGUCUUUUAGCUUUAACCUUGGAGCAUUUAGAUCUGAGCGGAGUUUAUAUAACGGAAAAAACAAUAAAAAUAAUUCUAUCGAAAUCUCCAAAUAUAAAGUUCUUCUCCCUUGAUAACUGCGAUUUCUUUCUAAAUGAUCACUUUGUAGAAAGAUUACUAAGGGGUUUGCCACUACUUCGAAAUCUAAAUUUAGCAAAUGCUAAAAGUCUAACUGAUAGAUCUCUUUACAAUAUCUCUAAAUAUUUAAAAUAUAUCAAUUUCUUAAAUAUAAGAGGAAUUGAGAAUUUCACUGCCGAAGGAUUAGUUCAUCUUGUGGCCAAUAAUCCGAAUAUAGAUGUUAUUGACGCAUUUAGUACAAAAGUAUUUGAUGAGGAACAUAUUGAUACAUUCCGCCUAUUGUUAAAGAAUAGAAAAACUUGUCUGAUUUGUAGAGGACCAUCCUUGGAAAAAGUAUCAAUUACUUAUCAAUCAGAAGAUCAGUUCAAUUCCGAUUUAUCAUAA